UCAAACUUCUGGGGUCCCAUAGCCAUCGCAAGAGCUGACUGAUUCUCACAAACAACCCAGGACCAGUCAGAGUUCCACAAAGGGAGGAGCUGGAGGAGUCCCCGCCCACCUAUACCUGGUUCCACAGCUCUGUCUUCUCCAGAGAGAGAGCCACUCCAUCAGAGCGUGGAUGCACACCUACAUCUAAGGGGUCAGGGCUGAGGUGGAAAGGACCCAGGGGACCCAAAAGAGUAUGCCUUGCAUGCGAAUCCUGCUUGGGAUCCUGGAGAGCCUGCCAUAACAGAGCCGCAACAGCUGUCUGGUCAUUCCUCCUUCAGGCUCUCUCUGUGUGUGAAUAGCUCCUUCAACAUGAGCCACAACUUCUACCUGGCCUUUGUGUGUCUGAGUCUCCUCUCUCAAAGGACGUGCAUCCAGGGGAACCAGUUCAAUGUGGAGGUCAGCAGAAGUGACAAGCUUUCCUUGCCUGGCUUUGAGAACCUCACCGCAGGAUAUAACAAAUUCCUCAGGCCCAAUUUUGGUGGUGACCCAGUUCGGAUAGCACUGACUCUGGACAUCGCAAGCAUCUCUAGCAUUUCAGAGAGCAACAUGGACUACACAGCCACCAUUUACCUCCGGCAGCGCUGGACAGACCCACGGCUAGUGUUCGAAGGCAACAAGAGCUUCACUCUAGAUGCCCGUCUUGUGGAGUUCCUCUGGGUACCAGACACUUAUAUUGUGGAGUCCAAGAAGUCCUUCCUCCAUGAAGUCACAGUGGGAAACAGGCUCAUCCGCCUCUUCUCCAAUGGCACAGUCCUGUACGCACUCAGGAUCACAACAACCGUGACAUGCAACAUGGACCUGUCUAAAUACCCCAUGGACACACAGACCUGCAAGCUGCAGCUAGAGAGUUGGGGAUAUGACGGCAACGAUGUGGAGUUCACCUGGCUGAGAGGAAACGAUUCUGUGCGUGGACUUGAAAGCCUACGCCUUGCUCAGUACACCAUCCAGCAGUAUUUCACCUUGGUAACCGUAUCCCAGCAGGAGACAGGAAACUAUACUCGAUUGGUUUUGCAAUUUGAGCUUCGGAGGAACGUCCUGUAUUUCAUUCUGGAAACCUACGUUCCUUCCACCUUCCUGGUGGUGCUAUCCUGGGUUUCGUUUUGGAUCUCUCUCGAUUCUGUUCCUGCGAGAACUUGCAUUGGAGUGACAACUGUGUUGUCCAUGACCACACUGAUGAUCGGUUCCCGAACAUCCCUACCCAACACCAACUGCUUCAUCAAGGCCAUCGAUGUGUACCUGGGGAUCUGCUUCAGCUUCGUGUUUGGGGCCUUGCUGGAGUACGCAGUUGCUCACUACAGCUCCUUACAGCAGAUGGCAGUCAAAGAUAGGGGGACAGCAAAGGAACCAGAAGAUGUCAAUAUCACCAACAUCAUCAACAGCUCCAUCUCCAGCUUUAGACGGAAGAUCAGCUUUGCCAGCAUUGAAAUUUCUGGUGACAACGUCAACUAUAGCGACUUGACGAUGAAAGCCAGUGACAAAUUCAAGUUUGUCUUCCGAGAAAAAAUUGGCAGAAUUAUCGAUUAUUUCACAAUUCAAAAUCCCAGCAACGUGGAUCGAUAUUCCAAACUACUGUUUCCUUUGAUUUUUAUGCUAGCCAAUGUAUUUUACUGGGCAUACUACAUGUAUUUUUGAGAUGACAUUGGACUUUUGCAUGCCAUGUCUUUAACAGAACGACAUAAUGAUGUUAAAGAUAUUCUAGGACCUGUGUACACACUUCAGCCCGGAAAGCUACAAAUGGGCUAAAUAGAGAUUAUUCUAAGUUGUGUAGAAGUCCUAGCCUGGCAGGAUCUGCUAUAGAAUCAUUAUAAAGCAAACUUUCUCUUCCUCAGUUUUGGACAGACAUCCCUACGGAGCUCAAGAUCACAGACCUACUUAGGGCUCUUUGCUCUUGAGGUCCCUGGUCUGCAUUCACUGAAUAAAAAUAUGUAUUAAGGGAUUUAUCUUUUUAGAGAAUUUAUAGUGACAUUUACUAAAUCCCUGCCAAUACUUAUAAGAUGAAUGCUUGCCAAUUUAGCGAACAACGUUUUCUAAUUUUUGUUUUUCCUUGAAGUGAAAUUUGGGUUUAUGUCAGUUCACUGGUGGUCACCAUACUGCACCAACUCAAUACCAGAGUUACUAAUACCACAGAAGAAUUCUCUCCAAAUUCCAGGAAGUCCUACUAUUGAGAAAUCAAAUGUUAAAGUAUAAAAUUACUGGAUCAAUAAACUAAAACAUAAAUCCUUUAGUAUGGUUCCCAGGCUUGAGGGGCUCCUGGGAUUUAUGCCACUGUUACACGCACUGUGUUAUUUUAUUGUUAUACACCUUUAGUCCUAAACUGUAUAAAAGCUUUUUUCCCUGGCUCUUUUCCCACGCCAGGGAAACAGGAGGCAGUUUUGGAACUUAUUUUAGGAUUCUUAAUACAGAAUGCUGCCAUGAAGACUUGCUGGGUCAAGUUUCUCUUCUGACCACCUUUGCUCACAUAAUGAUGAGGUGCAAAGUAGACCAGGGAGCGCUCUGUCGACCUUUCAUUUGUGUUGACGUCACACUGGGGAACAUUUUGUCGUGGCAGAUUCCCUGUAUCCUUCCUGGAGGAGCACUCAUCCCCGUGCACCAGUGACCAGGCAGGAGUGAGACCAAGUAGAUAAGGAGUCGUAUUACCCAGAUAUAAGAAGCUUCUUUGCCCCAAUCCUUCUAGCUGGAUGAUUUUUUUAUUUGUUGUCCAUGUAUCUUUACUUGCAAAUGUUCGUUGCAAAGAGUCAUUGGUCUGGUUUGAGGCCUCUGGGCUCUGCUACACUGUGGAUACUGAGCCCUCACUGAGCCUCCUCUUGGAUAUCUUGUUGCCCUGUGUUAUGCAGAUCCUAUAGCUUUGGAUCUGCAGAACCAGUUCCUUCAUGUGCUCCAGGAGAUCACAGACAGCCACAGAUGGGGCAGAUAUCGGAGUGGGCCAAACCUACCCCUGGUUCUGAGUCUGGAUAGUUGCAGUAUUGGCCAUCCGGCCAGUUCCUCACCCCUCAGCCAACUCCACCGCUAUCACCACCAGGGUGAGCUCUCCAGUAGCUGGACUACUUAGUGGCUUAUUUUGCAUGCUCAGGAGACCACUGGCCCUGAGUCUUGAAUACUCUGAGCGAUGAUAAGACAUGUUGAACGGUCCUCAUGGGUUGUGUUUUCUUAGUUCAGCCAGUGUUACCCUGACCUAGGAACUCAUGUGUGCCUCUCCCUUUGCUCCUGGGGACUCAGCUUUACCUGGUUCUGGUUCAGCCUCAAUUAUUUCAAAGACUCUCACCAUCUUCAGCCCUUUACCCCCCCCCCCUUUCUAAUGAACGUGGAGCUUUAACUGUCCUUUCUCACACCAGAACUCCAGUAGGUGUUUCUUUCCACUUCCUGUACCCAUGGGCUCUCCUUUGUAUUGUUAUGGUAUUUCUCAUGAUUCCGUUCCUACAAGCUUGAUUGCCUGGCACUUAACCAAUGUUUCUUCUUUAGAACUCUCUUUGCUCACUGGAAUAGACUUUGAAACUAUAUAGCUGCACUAUUAGAGUUCUUAGUAAAAUUUCUUCCUAUUUUAUAUCUGUCAUACACAUCUUUAAGGGGAGGGGUUAGGAGACAGGAAAUGUGGUUGAAGGACUCAAUCAUAUUGGUAAUUUUUUUUUAAUAAAAAUGUUUGAAAUACAAGUUCA